CUUAGUUCCUUCUGAAAAGUUUCUAGUUUAGAACCCUGAAAGAGAGGCCAGGAGUCACUCGACAGGUUCUCUCCUGCUGCGUGCUUAAUGAAACCGAUAGGCAGGCCGCUUCCUCCUGGUUGCCAUGGAAAUGGCCAGGGCUGCUGUCCCUCCGCAAACAGAAAAGAACAGCAAGGGCAAGACGGAGCAUUCCAGCCCGCCUUGCAGAUUAAACCGGCUGUCCAGCCCGUGUGAAGGAUCAGUGGUCGGGCAAAGGUCUGUGGAGCCGAGGGGUGAGUCUUGCGUUGGAACCCCAAGAUGUGAGUCCCACAGGGGAGACACGAACAUGCCAAGCCACGCUGAGAAAGGAAUGGCUCUACCUUCCAGACAUUGCCUCCUUCUGAUCAGCACCCUGGGCAUCUUUGCCCUUGACAGCUUUACUCAAGGUCAGAACAGCACUCUAAUUUUCACCAAGGAAAACACCAUUCGAAACUGCAGCUGCUCUGCAGACAUCCUGGACUGUGACUACAGUUUGGCCAACCUUCUGUGCAGCUGUAAAACCAUCCUGCCCUCUGCACUCGAGCGAACCAGCUACAGCAGUCACCUGACCAUCUGGUUCACCGACGUGUCUGCCCUGGGCCUCCUGCUGAACUUCACGCUGGUCCAGGACCUGAAGCUUUCUCUGUGCAGUACGAACACUCUCCCCACCGAAUAUCUGGCUAUUUGGGGUCUGAAGAGGCUUCGUAUCAGCACUGAAGCCAAGCUUCUGUUUCCAGAGCAGAGCUUACUCAUCCAUGACAGUGGGGAGACCGAAUCCAACGAGAAGCCCCUGUCAUUGCAGGAAGACUGGCAAACAUGUAUGUAUAUCUCAUUGUUAGAUAUGGCACUUUUCAACAGGGAAUCGUCCUUAAAAUCAUACAGUAUUGAAAACGUCGCCAGCGUCACCAACAACUUCCCCUACUUUUCUUACUUUAAGACCUUCCCGAUUCCAAGCAACAAAAGCUACAUUGUCACAUUCAUUUACUAACAUGGCGACUGUGUACAACCUCUGGGAGCUUGGAAAACUAUGAAUAAUUUGAGCAAGGAAUCUGGGAACAAGGUCAUGAGACAGGCCUCUCUACCCACAACCAUGCCACCCUCCCCCCACCUCUCCCAUUCACAAGAGAGAUACAGAAACAAAAUGACCAGCCC